AUGUUUGUCCUAACUGAAGAACAACUCGCCGUGAAGGAAGCGGCACGCGAAUUUGCUCAAUCGGAGCUGAAGCCCGGUGUGAUAGCGCGCGACUCAAAAAUGGAAUACCCCAAGGAACAGGUGCGCAAAAUGGCAGAAUUGGGCUUUUUGGGCAUGAUGGUGAAGCCGGAAAAUGGCGGCGGCGGCAUGGAUACACUGUCGUAUGUGCUGGCGAUGGAAGAAAUAAGCAAGGUGGAUAACUCUUGCUCGGUGAUCAUGUCGGUGAAUAAUUCGCUGGUGUGCUGGGGCUUGGAAAAGUUUGGAACUGCUGACCAAAAAGCGAAAUAUUUGAGCAAAUUGGCGACGGGCGAAUGGAUUGGGGCGUUUUGCUUGAGCGAACCGGAGGCGGGUAGCGAUGCUACUUCGCAACGCACUACUGCUGUAGAUAUGGGCGACCAUUAUGUGCUCAAUGGCACGAAAAACUGGAUAACCAAUGGUGGUACGUCGAAGCUCCAUAUUGUGAUAGCACAGACGAAUCCGGAGAAAAAACACCGCGGUAUCAAUGCUUUUUUGGUGGAAACAUCGUGGGAUGGCGUCGUAAUAGGCGGAAAAGAGGAUAAAUUGGGCAUUCGCUCGUCGGAUACACACACGAUUAUGUACACGGAUGUGAAGGUGCCGAAGGAAAAUAGAAUCGGUGAGGAUGGCUUCGGAUUUAAAUUUGCCAUGCAGGUGCUUUCGGGUGGUCGUAUUGGCAUAGCUGCGCAGGCUUUGGGUAUCGCUGCGGGUGCAUUGGAAUUGGCGGUGGCUUACUCCAAGGAGCGUGAAGCAUUCGGAAAGCCGAUCAGUCAGCACCAAGCAAUUGCUUUCAAACUGGCGGAUAUGGCUACCGAUAUUGAGGCAGCUCGCUUGAUGGUGUAUCGCGCGGCUUGGAUGAAAGACCAAGGACUUAACUUCGAUUCGGCUUCGGCAAUGGCUAAGUUGAUGGCCUCGUCGGUGGCUAUGAAACACACGGUAGAAGCGGUGCAGAUACACGGCGGCUAUGGUUUUGUGAAGGAAUAUCACGUGGAGCGAUUGAUGCGCGAUGCAAAAAUCACUCAGAUAUAUGAAGGCACUUCGGAGGUGCAGAAAAUCGUCAUUUCGCGCGGUGUGCUGAAUGGCGAACUUUACAUACCGAUGCCAAUAGAAACGAAUACGCACUAA